AGGGGGAGCUAAUGCAACAAAGCAGUGGUUGUCGACUACCAACAAACUAAACUAGACGAAGAAGAAUAGCCCUUCUGAACUGAACUAAGUGAACAACAGCCCUUGCAGUCAGUGAAUGGAUUAAUUAUCAACAAUAAGUGCUGUGCGACCUGUCAAAUUUGCCUAAAAUGUCGCAAAAAGGAGCGAAGAGCCGGAAAACAAAAAAGUCCACUGUCGGCCGCUUCAAAGACAUUCACAUCGGUGAAGAAGUCAAAAUUGCAAUUAACCUCUCUUUGGAGCGGUUUCGUUACGGUGACCAAAAUGAAAUGGAAUUUCCCUCUUCGCUUACUUCUGAGGAAAGGGCCUACAUUCAUCUAAUGGCACAGGCUUUGGGUUACAUUUCUAAAAGCAAAGGGAAAAACGCAAACCGAUUCCUCACCAUCAGGAAAAAGAGUGUCCUUGAUAGCCGUCGGUCCACCAUGUGCCUUGCACUCUCUCAAACCUCUCUCCAUGACAUCCGGAGACUUCUGAAGACGUUUCCGAUCACCAGGAAAGAGCGUGAAGAACUUAGAGCCAGCAGCAAAAGCAAGCUGACUCUGGCUACUCAACUUGACAACAGCUUUGACGUGAACAGGCCAAGUGGACGCUUGAACUGCGGUGUGUCUGCGGUACCCUUGAAAAGAAGGGCAUCGGAGUUGGACCGUUUUCGAUGCUCGUUGCCUGUGUAUGAACACGAACAAGAGAUUGUCAGACUAAUUAGAGAGAACAGGGUGGUACUUGUCAUAGGAGAGACUGGAUCUGGAAAAACUACCCAGAUUCCACAGUUUAUACUGGAUGACUGUAGCAAAAAAGGGCAGUGCUGCCAAAUUUUUUGUACUCAGCCAAGACGCUUGGCGGCCAUCACUGUUGCUGAGAGAGUGGCAGCAGAGAGAGGAGAGACGAUUGGCAAGACGGUUGGCUAUCACAUUAGACUUGAGAGCAGGGUUUCUCCAAACACUCUGCUAACCUUCUGUACCACCGGCGUCCUACUGCGGACAUUGAUGUCUGGAGAUGUCAGUCUGACAACUGUCACACAUGUCAUUGUGGAUGAGGUGCAUGAGCGAGAUGGUCUUACUGACUUUCUGCUCACAAAGAUGCUUGAUGUACUUCAGGAAAUACCAACGAUAAAACUGAUACUCUCCAGUGCGUCCCUUGACGUUGACUUGUUCCUCAAGUACUUUGCCGCUUGGUCCUGUCCUGUUAUCCACCUCAAAGGAAGACAGUUUGAAGUCAAGCAACAGUUUCUGGAAGACAUUCUUAGGUUUACAGGUUUCAAUCGAAAGAACUCGGGGAAACACAAUGACAAAUCCCAGAGAAAGGAGGAAACGCCAAACCUUUUGACGAAUCAGUGCAAAACCGUGGAGAAAACUGGUGCUGAAGAGGUACACAAUGCACAGCUGGCGUCCUCUGACCUUGUCAGGAGCAGUGAUUGUGCCGCGAUCGGGGAGUCCAACAAAACACUGAAUUUAGAAAGCUCAGAGCAGAUGGAACCAUGGCUCCAGAAAGAGAUGGACAGCUGCAUUGCUAACAUUUUCAUCAGUGAAGACCAAGGAUAUAUUGUCCAGCUCUUCAACCUCAUUCUCUAUGAAAAUGUUAAUGUUAACUACAUGCACAGUGAGAGAAUGGUCACUCCUUUGAUGGUGGCAGCAAGUCGAGGGCUACUCCCUCAGAUAGAGCAGUUGCUUAACCUCGGGGCAGAUGUCAACCUGAAGGCUCUCAAUGGAUGGACUGCUUUGGACUUUGCAAAAAACUUUGAACAGUUUGAUGCUGUUGAGCUUCUUCAGAAUUCAAUUGCCUUAAAAAUUGCGGAAGACCAGAAACAGUCGACUAUGUGUGCCACUGCUGAACAGAGCACCAAAGACCAGGACCUGCUCAAACUGUACCACCACAACUUUAAUGAUGAGUUUGUGGACCUAAAUCUCAUCAUGGACCUGCUACACAAGAUCUGCUCAACCACAACCGAUGGUGCAGUGUUGAUUUUCCUUCCUGGAUAUGAUGAGAUUAUGUCACUCAAGGACCGUAUCCUCUACAGUGAUACAAGAUUUUCUGCCUGUUCCGAAAGGUACCAGGUGUUCACACUUCACUCGGACAUGCCUAGCUAUGAACAGAAAAAGGCCAUGAAGACAUCGCCACUGAAUGUUAGAAAGAUUAUCCUUUCAACUAACAUUGCUGAGACAAGUAUCACAAUCAACGAUGUUGUUUUUGUGAUUGAUUCGGGAAAGGUCAAAGAGAAAUCCUUUGAUACCAUCAGUCGCAUCUCAAUGUUAAAAGCAGUCUGGAUUUCAAAAGCCAGUGCUCUUCAAAGAAGAGGAAGAGCAGGGCGCUGCCAACCUGGGAUUUGCUUUCACCUCUUCAGUCAACUCAGGUUCAACAGUUUGCAAGAAUUCCAGGUUCCACAGCUGCUACGAAUGCCUUUACAGGAAUUAUGUCUGCAGACCAAAUUGCUUACUUCCUCUCCAGUCGCCGAAUUCUUGUCCAAAGCUCCACAACCUCCUACCGCACACGCUGUAAAGAGUGCUGUGGAGAUUCUUAAGACUAUAGAGGCUAUGAACCAGAAUGAAGAUCUGACUGAUCUUGGCUUCCAUCUGGCUGAUCUACCUGUGGAGCCCCAUCUGGGAAAGAUGGUGUUGUGUGCCGUGGUGCUGAAGUGUCUGGACCCGAUUUUGACAAUUGCUUGUACACUCGGUUAUCGAGACCCAUUUGUUCUUCCUGCUCUGGGCUUUCAAAAGAAAGCUGCCUUUCAAUGUCGGAAACAUUUCUCAGCCAAUUCCUUCAGUGACCAUAUGGCCUUGUUGAGAGUUUUCCAGGAAUGGCAGAAAGCCUGCACUGAGGGCCGCGAGAGGUCCUUCUGUGAAAAGAACUUUUUGUCCAAUGCCACCAUGGAAAUGAUUCUUGGCAUGAGAACACAGCUGCUGGGACGGCUUCGUGCGACUGGCUUCGUGAGAGCCCACGGGGAGAGUGAUAUACGAGAUGUGAACGUCAAUUCAGAAAAAUGGCCAGUGGUAAAAGCAGCCUUGGUUGCUGGCAUGUACCCGAAUCUUCUUCAUAUCAACCCCGAGAAUAACUUGCCCUCUAGUAAUAAGGAGAAGAAAGUUAAUUUUCACCCUACUUCCACACUGAAUAGUGAGGAUGGAAAAUCUAAAUUACCACAGGCCCUUCCUGCAGACUGGGUGGUUUAUGAUGAGAUGAGCAGAGGCCACAGGAUUGCCAGUGUUCGCUGUUGUACUUUGGUGACAGCUAUCACUGUAGUCAUGUUUGCAGGUGGUUCCAGAAAUCUUGGUUCUGACGUGACUAAAAGUACUGUUCAACAAGACAGUCUAAUGGAUGACAUGAGUGACAGUGACACUGAAGACUCUGCUGAGAUGAGAAUUGACGAUUGGCUCGUCUUCCAGACGAGCAGUGAGUCAGCAGAAUUGAUGUUUGACCUAAGAAGCAAGUGGCAUAAUCUCUUCAUCAGUAGAAUCUGUUCCCCUUACAAACCAUGGUCCAAACAAGAUGAGAUGACUCUUCAAACCCUUGUUUCCGUGCUUACAACAGAGGAGCAUGCAGCAGGCUUGAAGCAGCCCUCAGGGAUAGGCCAGCGUCCCUUUCCUUUCCAACACUCUGAAAACAGUCGAAAGCUUUCCUGGAACGGAACGAAUGACAGGAAACCAGCAUUCCCAGGCCUGCAUCCCAAAAAACCACAAAGCAGCAACAAGCCAACACUUGGCAAAAAACAUCUCACUGCGCAAGGGCACCCCUAUGGCAGUUCCGCCUCAUCUUUAAGCAUGGAAACCCCAUCUGGAAGCCCACUCUCUUUAUUCUCAGGAAAGCAUUGCACAAAAGACCUGUUACCCCAGCAGGGCUUUUCAUCAGUUCGUUACUUCGUCAUGAAAAGCAGCAACAAGAGGAACAUUGAAAUUUCGAAGGAGAAAGGCAUAUGGUCUACCAGUCCAGGUAAUGAGAAAAAACUGACCAAGGCUUUCCAGGAGAAUGAAGUGAUCCUCAUCUUUUCUGUUCAAGGCUCUGGACACUUCCAGGGAUACGGCCGUAUGUCAUCGACAGUCAGUCACAACAGUUGCUACGAUUGGGGGUUCGGGCAAUUAGGGGGCGUUUUUGGUGUGGAGUGGCUCUGCAAGGAAAGCUUACCUUUCCAUUGCACCCAUCACAUCAUUAACCCACUUAACGAAAACAAGAAAGUCCAAAUCAGCAGAGACGGACAGGAGUUAUAUGCCCACACAGGCAGACAGCUGCUUUCUCUUUGGGAAAAAACACCCAAAGUUGUAGCUAAUAGCUAAAAUGUUUGCACUUCAACGACAUAAUGGAGAAACCUUUUUCCAUUUUUCCUACCAAUGUUCACCAAACUACUUAUGUUCGGAAAGUCUUCCUGAAAUUGCUUUGAAUGAAUUUAAAGUAUUCAUGUUUGUCGUUCAAAUAGAUUCACUCCAAUUCAAGACAAUGUAAGUAUGUAGUUUAUUUCAAUGUUCACGUCUUCUCAACAUUUCCUCUGUUCAAAAUGACCGAUUACGGGUUCAUGUAGUUGAGUAAAUAAAAUUAUUCGAAUUUUUUAUGUUCACAUAAUAUGAGAAAAUUAAAUGCUGCUUUUUUAUGAACAUUUAGUAUUUAUGCUAUGUCUAUGAAAUUGUUGAUGUUACUUAUUCUUUGAAGCAAAAAUGUUUGUCCAUGUAAGUAUAAAUUUCCAGCCCUCUCAUUUAAGAUGAUUGAGAUAUCUUUUGCCAUUGUAAAUGCCAAUAAGAAGAGUUCAUGUUAAAUAAUUUACUGUUUUAAAAAUAAAUAAACUGUUGUUAUUGUUCCACUCUUGGUCUGGGCUUUACAUUGCUUUACAUAGUUAAUGAUUCUUACGACAUUCGAAAAACUUAUACUGUUAUUUUCGGACAAUAAACCGCUACUUUUUCCCUAUCUUUUGAACCCUGCAGUUUGUAGUUCAGUGUAAUUUUUUUCCCUAUGGAAUAUUUAUUUUUGCAGCUGCAAGGCUCAACCCUCCCCCACCGGUUUGUUGCUCCGUGUCAGUCAUCUGUGCUACACAAUGGCUGGAGGAGGUGAAACUCCUGAACUUCCCCCCCAUCGAAGAAUACGAAAUCGCUGGUAUGGGAAUACUUCGGCUACAGAAAAGUUACAGACGGCAGCGGCUUAGAGGAAGA